CGUCUUAGCUUUCUUCGGUAUUCAAAGCUUCAAUUGCGCGACAUAGAAUUGUAAAAAUUGCCAGCUCACGCGACCAAUGCGUCAAUUUAUGCCAAUUCGAUUGGCAUAGCUCAGCUUCCAUGGCCUCCAAUACAGAAAAGAUUCCUGUGUUACUCCUCAAGACGAAAUCGAUACCGACGGAUGCAUACGAAGAUCUAUUCUCUACCCCGCGACAGGGCCACGAUUUCGAACCCACCUUCGUCCCUGUGUUACAGCACAAAUUCGAAGAUGAUGGAAUGCAACAAUUCGACAAACUGCUGCGAGAAAGGCGGAUGAGCAAAAACCCGGACAGCGCAUACGGAGGCCUUAUCUUUACUUCACAAAGAGCCGUCGAAGCAUUUGCAAAGUUAGUUGAGGAUGGCAAAGGCGACGAUAAUUGGCCACAUCUUCAAGACGUCCCAAUAUACAGUGUUGGUCCCGCUACAACCCGUGCGCUCAAAGCCGUGUCGCAGACCCCUCAGCUACAGAUAUUUGGGGAACACACAGGGAACGGUGAUGCGCUCGCGCAAUUCAUAUUAGACCAUUAUGGCGAGUGGUAUAAGGACCGACCGACCAAGCCCCCACUACUAUUUCCGGUCGGAGAACAGAGAAGAGAUAUCAUACCGAAGACAUUAAUGGAUAAGGCCAUACCUGAUACCCGACGAAUCUCAGUGACCGAGAUAGUGGUGUACGGCACAGGUGUUAUGGAGUCUUUCUCAGGAGACUUCGCAAACGUACUACAAAAGACGACCAACCGGAGAUCAAGAUGGGUGGUUGUCUUCUCACCGACCGGUUGCGAUAGCAUGCUUCGAGGAUUGGGGAUGCUAGAUGAUAAGACUGGUAAGGCUAUCCCCAAAACUCAAGAGAGGUCAUCAACAUUUAUCGCGACGAUCGGACCAACCACACGCAAUUUCCUAAAAAGGACGUUUGAUUACAACCCGGAUGUGUGCUCUGAAAAGCCAAGUCCUGAAGGGGUGUGGCAGAGUAUAACUGAGUUUAUAGAAAGGUCCUCAUAAUCGAAGAAGUUAACUGCCCAAACUACAUUGCCUCCUAUUGGCGUAUGUAUGUAUAUCUGGAUGUAUCUUGUAUCUUGAUGAGGUAUAUGAAACACUGUAUUAUGUAAGAAUAAACUUAUGCGCAUUUAGCUGUUACAACCAAACAGGAUGGCGUACAUACAUGUAAAGCUUACUUGGCAUGUUGUGUAUCACCAACCUCAUUUAUAUGUACAAACGAGUGGUCAAUGUACAUGCCAUAGACAUAGUUAAGUAUAAAGUAUGGAAAGCGUCGCAGGAUUGGAUGAUAGUACUCAGUGAGUUUAUUGGUGAGACAGCGAAUAGGCUUUAUAUAGUGGAGAAUGGGGAAUGGGGAAGUCGGACCAUCCAUUGGAAUUUCGAGAGUAAGA